AUGUCAACUCAAAUGUCCGAGAAGAGGGGGCAAGACGAACAUUACGACGGAGAUCUUCGAAAAACUGAUACCGCUGGAAGCGUCGUGUUGACAAUGGAGAUGUUCGAGAAGCUGUACCUUUCGCCAGCCAACAAAGUUUCUGGCGACCUGCGACAAAGAUUCGCCAAUCCCACCCCCUUGCCUUUGCUGGGUUUCAUUGUCACGACAGCAUGUGUACCUUCAGCCCUCAUGGGGUGGGGAGGCGCUAGUGGAGGCGGUGCGGCGACGAUUGGCGUCUGCUACUUCUUCGGCGGAAUGCUGCAGAUUAUUGGUGCCGUCCUCGAAUGGAUCAUAGGCAAUACAUUCGUCUACAUCGUCUUCGGUACCUUUGGCGCUUUUUGGCUGUCCUUCGCCGCGACGCUGACGCCAUACUACAACGCCGAAACAGCCUUCACGUCCACAGCCAAAUCUGAGGCUGCAGGUGCUGCGGCAUUCGAGACGAGCUUCGCCUUUUUUCCUGCAUUCCUGGGAGUUAUCGUCUUCAUGUUCAUGAUCUGCUCGCUUCGGACGAACGUUAUCUUCUUUUUAAUCUUCCUCACGGUGGAUAUCGCUCUGUUCCUGCUGGCUGCAGCGUACUGGAAAGCUUCAGUGGGUGAACUGGCACUAUUCCAUACCCUCGGGUUUACAGCUGGUGCCUUCACUUUUAUUCUCUGCGUCCUCGCCCUGUACCUGUUGUUCGUUCAGCUCCUGGCCGCUGUAGAGUUCCCGUUGACUCUCCCAGUCGGUGACCUGAGCAGCAGAAUCGGGAAGAAGAAGGUAGGGCCAGGAGAGGCAGUCUAA